GAUGUGUUCUGCGACCGCACAUGGUAGCGAAUAUAGCGUCGUUGCUGUGAAAUGCCCAUCAGGGUUCAGAGUCGGGAGUGUGUCCAGUGUCCACAAGUUCCAACUCUCACAUCCAGCUCUCCAUUGCUCUAAAGCUGACGCGUGAUGCAUGCAUGUGCAGGCGCGUGAAAUCUGAGCCAAAAGAUGGGUCUCAAAACGUGAGGAAGUUUCCUACAACGCUGUUUAAAGAUCCCACCAGCCCCUGUGGGCAUAGCAGACGAGCUUUUGGGCAGCUGAAUAGUCCAGGGAGCGACAGCUGCAUAGGCGAGAUCGCGGGCAAGGGGCGUGUCAUCGGGGUGACUGCAGUACGAUGACGGCCGCGAGGAGUCGUCAGCAAAGGGGAGGAACAUUAGGCACCGGACUUACUUUGAAGGGUAAAUUCUCUGGAUGCCACAGGCCUUUACAUCAGUGCGAGUGCCAUCCAGUAGUCGCCGCACCGCACUGGGAGCAGCUCCCGACAAACACCUUCUUCCAGCCUCCGCCAAAAGAAAUAGUGCAACCUCCAGGUCCUCCUGCGCGGACGCGUAAGGCACCGCAGCCGACAAGAUCACAUCAUAUACGAAAGCCGCUACAGUAUCAACAACCAGACAACAGCAAACCAAGCGCUGGCGUAUUCCUACCUCCGCAGCUCCAACGUGGCGGUGCCACGCUGUCGGCGCUUUGUGAGGAGGACCGUCUAAAGCUCGCUACGCUUGUCACGCAGUUAGCCAUCGCGGAAGACCAGAAGGCGCAACUCGAGAACGAAGUAGAGCAAGUGCGAGACGGUUUGGAUGCUUGCAAAGACGAACUGGCAAAAACAGAGGCUGAGAAGCUGGACGUUGUGAAGAAAAACAGGUCGAUAGCGAAGAGGCUGCAGAAGGCGGAGGAAUUGUUGCGACAGUAUGAAGUGCAGAUCGAUCACACGAGAGCCGAAGUAAUAGGACUGCAGAAGCCGAGCGCUAGUGGGGAGAGCUCGGAUCGUUCUGCUUCCCAUUUGGAGCUGGAAGUGCUCCAAAAACUCCACGGCGAAGUUGCGAAACUCACUCGGAUGCUUACUGAAGCACCAAAUGCAACAACAGCUACUCAACAUGUCUUCAAAGGCCCGGCGACUGCAGAAGGUCCGGUACAACGCUUCAAUGUCACUUCCGCACACAAUGCCAGAAGGGAACAUGAUACUGAGCAACGUGAUUCUGGAUUGGGCUCUAUGCCGCUGAACUCCUCUGGAUCUCUAUCAACGUGCUCUUUGGUGGAGACGAACAUCACGGUGGGCGAUGAUCGACCCAGCAACGCCAGUAUGAAUUCCCAUUCACAAACCGAACCCUGGAUACCGCACCCCUCUAUCGCGACUGUCGCAAACGCAAAGCCACCAAGACCCCAUGGGAAGGUUCGAAAAGAACGAUCACUAACUGGAAAUAGAGCGAGUGAAAGAACGAGAGAGGCAAAUGAAAACACCCGACCAAUUCCACAACCUCAGAAAGUCCCGACACAGGAGAAAGCUGCAGUGGAUAUGGCGGAGGCGUUAGAGCGUUUUCUGAGCGCUCAGGCAGCACCAAGCUCUAGUGUGCGUUUCGAGCCGUCAGCGGAAACAAAAAGCCAUAAUGCAGCAGAUUCCGCUGCGCACAGACGGUCCUCGGGCAAAUCCAACGAACCCGAACUGAGUAGGAUGCCCCAUCAGAAGAGCCAUCACCCCACGCACAGUCAUAACCAUCCCACCCGCGUUGUCAUCAAAGUGACGGAUCGGGCAACGUCCCCUAUACCCUUCACCACAUCCAGAACGACCUAUGCACCUCCUCCACGACUGAGUGAGGACGUCCACGCGCGGGACAUUCCGUCCAAUCAGUCUUCUGCGUAUCUGUCAACAUCAUCGAGCCCAGCCGAAUUCGUGCGCAUCUCCAUACCGCUCCAGAACGACUCUUCAACGUCAAUGGCACCAUCCUCUAUAUCCCAUUCGCAAUCCUUGCAAAUAUCCCAGGAUGCCUCGCUGUCCCAAUCACAAUCCCUGCAGAUUUCUCGGGACACGUCGUAUUACGCGUCUGGUUAUUCGAGCAAUGUGGGUGCUGACGGAUAUACCACGCGGUCGCCGGAUCCACCACCACGGCCUGAAUCGCCCCCUCAGAGAUGGCGGCCGGGGACUUUUGAUCACCAGAUGAACGCCCCACGGUCAACUUCCGUGCCACACAUAAACCCUCGACAGGCACCUCCUGCGGCCCCUCAUGGGUCGUCGGGGCAGCGCAAUGCACCGGCUUUUGCGCCUAUACCACACCCGCAGUCCACCGCACCGCAGCCAGCCUCCUUCUCUCAAUCAUGGCCACAUUACCCUCACACCUAUAUCCGCUCCAACGUAGACCCACCAGCACCCAAGGUUUCAACCAUCUGUCCACUCUGUUCUCCCAACCAACGAAGCAAUAGCACACAUCCAGUGCCAGUAUGUCCGCUAUGCCCUCCCCAGCCGCGGACCCUUUCACAGGCGACGCAGAUAUCGCCACAAAGGACCGAUCUACGCGCAGCACCAGCACAACAAGCCGCCCAACCUGAUGCAUAUCAGACCCAGACGCGGACGCAGCCAACGGUUUCAUUCAUGCAGUCCGACCAAGCCCAAACGCCGCCAGUGUCAACCCAGCAGGCGCCCCAGUUCUCGCCCCAUCCUCCACCACCCCCCCAGCAGCAGACAACACAUUCUCCUCCCGUCCCUUACCCUGCAAAUCCGCCCGCACCCCCUUUCUCCCGCCCCCUAUCCGCACCAGCAAACCAACCCGACGCCUCCCUCCUCUUCCCUAACGAUACCUCCAUGAUUAAAUCCCUCGUCGACGUCCUCUCCGACAUCGAAGCCAACUCGACCGACACGUCUCACCAUUCGGAUAAAUCAGCUGAAAGGAAGGGGAAGAAAACUGGUAGAAGACGGGUGGCUAAGGUUGCGGGGAGUGGGAGUGGCGGGAACUGUGGCCCACGGGGUGGAGAAGGCGGCGGUGGAGUGAUUGAAGGGCACCGGGCAGUGGAAGGGGAAUUUGAGGAUGAGUUGUGGGAUGUCAUUUCGAGUUUGAAUGGAUUGGCUUGACUUUUGGAUGAGGGGCUUUUGAGCCCGGAUGUAAUCACGAUUCUGGGCGUUUUUUUCGCUGGAAUAAUAUCUAAUUCGUAUAAUCGUAUCGAUUCAUGAUUUGGAUAUCCUGCAAUGGUUUGCACUGAUAAACGGGCGCCUGCCUCGUCAACAUGCCGUGACAAAUUAAGCAAUC